AUGGAGGGUUUGUUUUUCAAUGUGGAUUAUGGUUAUGUUGAAGGUGUUGUAAGGGGCUACAGAAAUGGACUUGUCGGUACAAACCAAUAUGUUAAUUUGACGCAAUGCGAUAACUUGGAAGAUCUCAAGCUACAAUUAUCAUCGACUGAUUAUGGCAAUUUUUUAACAAACUAUUCUGGUCCUUUGAGCACCUCGAUUAUUCAGGAUAAUUUGAAUAAAAAAGUAUUCCAGCAGUACCAAUACAUCAAGAGUCAAUCGAGUGGCACUUUGACCAAGUUUAUGGACUUUAUACAAUAUGGUUAUAUGAUUGAUAAUGUCAUAUUGAUGAUUACCGGCACUUUGCACGAGAGAGACAAGUCGGACAUUUUGAAGAAAUGUAACCCUUUAGGGUGGUUUGAUACUUUGCCCACAUUGACCAUUGCAACAGACAUUGAGAGCUUGUACUCAACAGUUUUAAUAGAUACUCCAUUAGCACCAUUUUUCAAAAACUGCGUUAGUGCUGAUGAUUUGGAUGACUUGAAUAUUGAAAUAAUCAGAAAUAAGCUAUACAAGAACUACUUAGAAGCAUUUAUGCAGUUUGUUGAAAAAAAGUUUCAAGGCCCAGAUAAGGAAAUCAUGACACGUUUAUUGAUAUUAGAAGCCGACAAGAGAGUUAUCAACAUUGCUCUAAACUCAGCAACUAAUCAGGAGUUGUCAGUUGAUGACAAAUUGAGUUUGUUUCCCAACCUAGGUAAAUUAUAUCCAACAUACCACUUGGAUUUGGCUCAAGCUGAUGAUUAUGAGCAAUUAAAAUCGAUUGUGGAAAACGUUGGAGACUAUAGCCAGAUAUUCAGCGACACAGAUGAUUCAAAGUCUAUUGGUGAUUGGUUCUAUUUAUUGGAGAUGCAAUAUUGUAGAGACGCAUUUACACAACAGUUUACCUUGAGUACCAUUUACGCAUGGUUAAAGUCAAAGGAACAGGAGAUUAGGAAUAUAACAUGGAUUGCUGAGUGCAUUGCCCAGAAUCAAAAGGGUAGAAUCGAAGAUUACAUAUCCGUGUAUUAA